AUGCGCUCGUCUUUGACAACAAACGAGUGCUCUACAGAGGGGUUUAUCAAGUGCAGAAGCAGCACCAGAAUCGCAGCGGCAGCCACUACAGCGACAGCUGCACCAACAGCAACAGCAACGAAAAGAACCACCACAGCAGUAGCGGCUACAGCAGCAGCAGCAGCAGUAGCACCAGCACUUAGAGGUGCAUCGGAGGCGACAGCCACAGCAGAAGCAACUACAUCAGGAGUACCUGCAAAGGCACAAUCACAUAUUUGGCCCUUUCUAGGGAUGAAUAAUCUUAUCGGUAGAGAAAAGAGCUCAGACGCAUCCAAGAAAGAAGACUUGCGCAGGGAUGCAGCGGAAGCAGCCGCAGCAGCGGAAAAUGCAAUAGCAGAAAACACAAUGGAAGCAGCUACAGGAGUUAAAACGGAUGGCGGAGCUGGGAUGCCCCUCACAGGCUCAACGCGCGCCAGCACACGUCUAGUUGCGCCUCUCCAAGCAAAAGCGCCUCCAGAACCUGAAGAAGCACCGUCGCUUAGGGCUGUAGAAGCAGCAGCAACUUCACCUCCUGCAGCCUCAAAAUCUGCAGUUGGGCCUUGUGGUGCAUUAGGGGCAGACAUAGAAGCUGUUGCUUUACCUGCUGCCGCUCGAUGUAUUUGCACAGACGAUCCAGUGGGAGACCUACUGCAGCAGCACCAGAAGCGGUCGUUGCCUUCGCUGCCGCUGCAGCUGCCACUGCGGCUGUUACUGCCCUACGCGGUGCCCUACGCACCAGUGAGGGCCUGUAAUGCUGUUGCUUCCAAGAAACCGCGAAAGCAGUCUCAGCUUCAACCGCCUAUGCCGGAGCUGCGGAACCAACUGCAGAGGGAGCAGCAAGAGGAAGAGCAGCAGCAUCAGCAAGAGCAACUGCAGCAGAAGCACCCAGAAGAGGAGGCGCAAAAGCAUGAGCAGCAGCGAGAAUGCAUGCAGGAGGACUUUCCCACCAGAGGACAGAAGAAUCAUACCGUGGAGCAGCGACAGCAGCAGGAGAACCAGGAACAGCCACCUCAACAGCAGCAGCUGAAAAUGGAAAGAAAGCAACAGUACAACCAGGAACAGCAGCAGCAGCACCAUAAUCACGUACAGCAAGAGAAGAAUGUACAGGCAAAGCAGCAGCAGGAACAUGAAAAGCAAAAACAACGAAAUGUGCCAAGGAAGCGCCAGCAGAAGGUGCACAGGGAGCAGCUGCACCAGCAGCAGCAGCGGCCACGUAUCGCUGUUUACACUGCAGUAUUACUGCUGGAAGAAGUAACAAGCUUCUGUGAGCAGCAGGUAACCCUUGAAUCGCUACCGCACGCGUUGAAGGUGCAACGUAAGAAGGCCAACAAGCGACAGCAGCAAAAACAGCAGCCCCGGCUGAGAUUCUCUUCUUUGGCUGCUGCGUUGGUCUGGCUGCAGCAGCAGUUGCAGAGCGAGGGAGCCCUCCUCCCAGCAGCUGCUGGUUGUCUCUGUAGCAGCUAUAGGCACGCAUUCGACUGUGUGCCCCAAGCACCGACAGCAGAAACAGCACCAGCACUAAAUGGAGGAGGAGCAGAUAUAUCAGGGGCGACAGAGCCUGCAGCAACAGCUGGCGACCCUUGCGUCUCGGCUUCCAUCUUAAAGGCUGCUACGAAUGAAGCGGUGGCAGCGCUGCAGCUUCUGUCUGUAUUUAGAAGCUCGAAAGUAGCAACAGAAGCAGCAACACUGCGGCUAGACGGUGGCGUGGGUGCACAUGAUGCAUAUUCAUCAGCGGCAGCAGCAGCAGCCGCGUGGGCUGCAGCCGCCUCAGACCCUCCUCCUUUGCAGCACAGCAGCAGCAGCACUACCUCUACAGACGUGCUGCGUAUUGCAGCCGUUGGCUGCAGCUGCAACUGCCCCGUGAAAUCCCAUUGGGUAUCUUUGUCUGCGUGGCGUUCUUUUGUGCUGGCUUCCCACCCUUCCGUGAGAUUAUACGAUCUCUUGCUCUUUGCUGCAUCGCAGCGCCGUUUCUUUUCUGCUGCCGACUCAUCUCCAGAGCCGCUACAGCAGCUCAUGGAAGCAUCUGCUGUGGUUGCAUGCAUGGAGCAGAAACAUUUUGGCCCACCCCUAUCUGGUGCCGCUGCGGCCGCUGCUGCUGCGGACACUGCAAUUCAGUGUGCGGCGGCUGCAGUCCGAGAGCUUGUGAGUGCUCCAGGAUACACAAGCAACAGCAGCAGCAAGAGAGUCGCGACAUGGCUUGCUGCCGCAAACCCGUUUGCAGCGGCAGUAACACCAGGGAGCUCCGGCAGCAGCACAAGCUGUGUCAGACAACAGAAAAACCAACUGCCAGCGUGCUUGCCGUUUCUAGUUGUUUUGCCUGAAGAGGAUUUACUGGGGAACAGUGGGGUAGCAGCAGCAGCUGCAGAUGCUGAGCGAGCCUGGGCCCUUGGGGCCCCCGGUGCCGUGCCCCUUGUUGCUGGCAGUACGUUCUAUAGUGCACCUUCUCAAGAUACCGCAGUUGGGGGUCCCAAAAUGCCCGCCAAAAUGAGCAGGAGCAGCAGCAGCAAUGAUGGCAGCAGCAUCAGCAAAGACACUGAGUCGCAGCAAGAGGCAUCGGGUUUUAAGGCAAAUGUUGCCCCCCGUCCAGGGCUACCGGAGCUUCGCUGUUUCUCUUAG